GAGAUGGCGGCGCAGCGCCGGGUCCUGCUGCUCGGAGAAGGCAACUUCUCCUUCGCCGCCUCCCUCUGCGGGGAUGCGGGGACCAGCGUCGUGGCCACUUGCUAUGAGAGCGAGGAGGAGGUGUCCGCGUGGGGCAGAGCCGCGGAGAACAUCCAGCGGCUGCGGGAGAGGGGAGCUGAAGUUAUGUUUUCUGUGGACUGCACCAAGCUGAAGGACUAUUUUUUACCAGCAAAAAGAGAAUUUGACUACAUUUAUUUCAACUUCCCUCACUGUGGGAGAAAAGCUGGGGUAGUGAAGAACAGGGAGCUUCUUGCCCACUUUUUCCAUAGCUGUGCAGAAGUGCUGACAGAGGAGGGAGAGGUCCAUGUGGCUCUUUGCAAUGGACAAGGGGGGACACCUGCUGAUCAGCCAAGGAGAGAAUGGCACAACAGCUGGCAAAUAGUGGCUGUGGCAGCAGGAGCCGGAUUUAUCCUGAGUAAUGUUCAUCCUUUCAAAGCAGAGACUAUCCACGGAUAUAAAUGUACAGGCUACAGGAGUCAAGAUAAAUCUUUCUGUAUAGAAGGUGCUUUAAACCACAUUUUCACACGAAGCAUGCCACUUGCGUAUUUCAAACCUAUGAUCUGUGAGAUAGAACUGGAAAGCCGAAGAAUUUCUUUUCAAGUACCACAAGUACUUGUGGAUAAAAUUAACAGGGGUUUCCUAGAACUAAAUUCAAAUCAUCCAGUGCAGACAAUAAAGGAGAAGCUCACUGCAGUGCUCAGCCAAGCCUUUCCAUUACAAAGUAUUGACUACUGCCUUUCUCUGCUCUUCCAAGGUCACCUCAAUGGUGUUUGCCACUCCAAUAUAUUCUGGAUUGUUCUGAGCCCAGAGGAGACUCCAGGCACUGAAGAAAUGGCUAGCGGGCAGGCAAAUGCAAUUUUAUUUUCCCAUGUUGAUUUUUAUAGGGACACAGAUGACAAUAUACAAGAGGGAUGUCAAAUUUCAAAACAGUAUUGUCUUAGACCUUCCCUUUUACCUCAUGCUCAGGCAGUAAUAAAAAGUGCAGCCUUUGUCCCUGGGACACUUUAUGUUUUUUCUGGCCCAGUUUUCAGGAAGUGUCUUAUCUCUCCUUACUCUAUGCCUGUUUUUCAUGAGAUGGUUUUUGUAUGUGCAGUUAACAGAGGUACAGAGAACAGCUGUAUAGAGAUGUUAGUGGAUAAAAUUAAGAACAGCAUACAUUCUCUUCACCAGACUGUCUCCGGAUUUCAAUUGAACGUCAGUCUGCAGGAAGCAACGAGCUCUGAAACAACUGAGCUCAAUGACUUUGCUGCUUUCGAAUCUCAGCUUAGUAAAAUUCAAUACUUCCUCUGCAUGGAGGUAGAUACUUUAGACUCCUUUGAGAAGGGCUCCUGUGUGGGAGUGAUAAGGACAGCUCCGUAUGAACUAGCAAGCAGGGAUUUGUUUGUUGUCUCUGCUUCAUUGAAUCUUGACCUCAUAGCCAUGCUGCUCUGUGGAAUACAAGACUGGCGAAUGCUCUGGACAUCAGACACACGCUUCCUCCGUCAGUUUCCUCGAGGAGAGCUAAGGCUUUUCAAGAGUUUUUCUCUCUAUCCACCUUCCUACGUGCAUGAUGUCAGCUUUUGGGUUCCCGAUGGGGAACAAUUUGAUGAGGUUGCUUUUCACACCAUUGCCAGGCAGGUAUCAGGCGAAACGGUCGCAUCCAUCCAGUUAAUCGACAGCUUCCAUCAGUCAGAGACGGGGCGGAAGAGCCUCUGCUACCGAGUGACCUUUCAGUCCUGUGACAAGGCCCUGAGCCGCCGGGAGGUAGCGGCGAUGCAGCUGCUCUGCCGGGAGGAACUGAAGCAGCGCUUGCACGUAGCUCUUCGGUAGGGCCAUGGCUGCCUUUAGGGGCUCGGGCGGCCCUGGGCUUGCUGCUGCUCUGGAGAACAUGGGCUGCACCUGGCUGGGCCCCAUACCAUGUGCUGCAGGGCCUCUGGCACCGGCGGCAUGGGCUCUGGCACUGGCACACACUUUAAAUGUGGGAAUUUUGUUAAUAAAGACCAAGCGUUUUUGUGUUC